AUUAAGGUCAUUUGGUUUAUUGUGUCGAACAUAGAAACUGGCCAUUGCUCGGGCGGCUGCAGGGCUUGGUCAGUGAGGUUAAGACGUGCGCACGAGGGUCUGCGAUCUUGGGUUUGAGGCCAUCGCCCGAGGGAUCCUCCCUCCACCGAAUUGAGGCCAUCUUCGAAUGAGUCAAGAAUCGACCCACGGUCAGUACGUUCUGGAGCCGGAGCACGUGAGCGUGCACACGGUGAACACCGAGGGUUCGAGUUUCACGCCUCCGGGUGACGGAGGGCAACAGCAGAAUCAACCUGCGCCAGCGGGACAGCCACCAGCUGUACCACCGCUAGUCGUACCACCUCCAGUGAUGCCACCGUUGGCGAUACCGCCGGUGGCCUACGAGCAGAUGUUCCCGGCCAUGAUGGCCCAUUAUAUGCAGCACAUGGCGCAGUUUAUGCCCAUGUUCCAGCCACCGCCAUCACCACAGCCGCAGCCGCGCAUCGUUACCUUCAAGAUGUUGAAGGAUAAUGGAGCGGAAGAGUUUCGAGGAGACAAGAUGGGGGAGCCCCAGAUUGCAUUGGAUUGGCUUGAGCAGAUGGACCGGGUACUCAAGAAUUUGAGAGUCCUAGAUGCUGAUCGCUCGGAGUUGGCGUCACAGAUGUUCCGGAAGGGAGCAUAUGAUUGGUGGAAGCGCAUUGACCAGGAUCCACACAUGCCCAAGCCAUGGACCUGGGAUCGCUUUGAUCGAGCCUUCACGAAGGAGUACGUCCCCACCCGGUACCGCGAGGAGAGGCGCGAUGAGUUCGUUGCGCUUAAGCAGGAGGGGAUGUCACAGCCUGAACUGAGACAGAAGUUCGACUACCUGUCCCAGUAUGCGACGAGUCUGGUCUCCACUCCGGAGGAUCGUUUGAAUGAGUUCGUCAAGAAGCUACGGCCGGACUUGAGGCCGUACGCCGCACUGAUCACGACGACAGAUUUUAAUGCGGCGUAUGAUUUGAUUGUGAAGACGGAAAAGAGCUUGGACGAUCUGCAGGCAACUAAGAAGGAGGAUCGAGCGACGAAAGACCCGCGACUCGCGGCCAGCACCGGGCCGAGCGGGAAGAGUUUUAGAUUCGGGGGAAAGAGAGCAGUGGUCGACUGCAGUUGUCGGACCGUACGGCUGAGAGCCGAGGACGGUAGCGACGUAUCACUCUCCGGGGAGGUGUUCCCCAAGGCUCCCGAGUUCAUAUCGUCCUUGAGCGCGAGGCGCUUGAUUCGCAAGAAGUGCGAGAUGUUCCUGUGUCACGUUCAGGAUAUGCGAAAAGAAUCGCCACGUCAGCAGGACAUUCGUACGGUUUGCGACUUCCCCGAUGUCUUUCCCGAAGACCUACCUGAUUUGCCUCCGCCGAGAGAGGUAGAGUUCUCGAUCAAUCUCAUUCCGGCGAUGGGUAGAGCUUCCCAUCGCUGUUUGGCAUGGUUCUGGAAGUUGGUUUGGCUAAGGGGCUACUUACCCAUCGAUGGGAUGUUCUUCCCAUCGCUGGGUGGGUGGUUAGCCAAAAACCUGUGGUUUUUGCCUUAACCACGGCCUAGCCAACCGAUGCAAAAACCGACCGAAAAAACCAAAGUUCUCCAAAAUAACAACCAAACUUUUAAAACACUUAUUUGAUGUAUUUGGCUAAGAAAUCAAGUGAGACAAUUUAAAAAUCACGUCAUUUGAGUAAAAACCACGGCUAGCCAAGUUUACGCCGUUUUGCGUGGUUUUUGUCAAACGACUAAAAGCGAGAGAUGGUU